CGCCUUCUUUCCGGGACCUCGAGGCCUGUGGCUAGCGGACCUCCAUCGCUGCUGGAGAGACCCCGGAUGAGUCCGAGGUCCUGGGUAGCUAGGAGAGGCCGGAGGAGACCUGGGCCGCAGGGGUUAGCCGCAGAGGGUGGCGGAGCCAGCUCUGCACGCGCCGGGCGGAAAAAGGGAGGGAGAGAGAGAGAGUUAAGGGAGGGAGCGCGGAGUAAGUGAGCUUGGGUCCGACUCAGGGAGGAGACUGGUGGGCCAGGCCCCCAAGACGGCGUUACACCCGGUCUGAAGAAGACAGGCGGACACAUGGCCUCGCCAUUCCUGCCUUCGGGGGCUACCACGGGCGACAGCGGCGGAGAGCUGAGCUCGGGGGACGACUCCGGGGAUGCGGAAUCCCUUCAGAGCCCCGAGACCGAGGCGUCCAGGAGCCUGACCGAGCUGUUUGAGAAGGCGGCCGCGCACCUCCAAGGCCUGGUUCAGGUGGCCAGCAGGGAGCAGCUCUUGUACCUGUAUGCCAGGUACAAGCAGGUCAAAGUUGGAAAUUGCAAUACUCCUAAACCAAGCUUCUUUGACUUCGAAGGAAAGCAAAAAUGGGAAGCAUGGAAAGCACUUGGUGAUUCAAGCCCCAGCCAAGCAAUGCAGGAAUAUAUCGCCGUAGUUAAAAAAUUAGAUCCAGAUUGGAAUCCUCAGUUACCAGAGAAGAAAGGAAAAGAAACGAAUACUGGUUUUGGCGGGCCCGUUGUUAGUUCUCUGUAUCACGAGGAAAUCAUCAGGGAAGAAGACAAAAACAUAUUUGAUUACUGCAGGGAAAACAACAUUGACCAUAUAACCAAAGUCAUCAAAUCGAAAAAUGUGGAUGUGAAUAUGAAAGAUGAAGAGGGCAGAGCUCUACUCCAUUGGGCUUGUGAUCGAGGACAUAAGGAUCUAGUCACAGUCUUGCUGCAAUAUAGAGCUGAUAUUAACUCUCAGGCUGGAGGGUUUCAGGCCCGGCAAAGCGUAUGAAUUUCCCCAGGAGCCUUAUAAAGAUACUGACGCCUCUAGCCCUGGUCAUGCCAGUAGGGCAGGGCUGAACGGAAUGAAACCUGUCUCCAGCUCGUGUACGUAGUUUCCGCCUGUGAACACAUCACACAGGUACCUGCCUGCAUCUGUGCUGUUACCCACGUUUACCCGUAAUGCUUUGCCUGUAAUGUUUACCCUCGCACAUGGAGGUCCACCCUCACUCAAAGACCGUGUGCUCUUCAAGGCCCUGUCUCAGGAGGAAGCACAGAGCACUGUUUAUUCUUACCAAGACAAGCUGAACCUAAAUUUAAUAAAACCUAUUUAAAAAUGCACGUGAUAAAGAUUAAAUGAUAUCAAAAGGCAAUAAACUGAUAAAUCUGGACUGUGGGACAUUCUGCUGAACAACUCUUUCUGUAAUAAGUCAGUGGCAUU